AUGCCACCGAAAUCUCCAACAAGGCGCAACAAGGCGCGGCCCUCGCGGGGCGGAAGAGCAAGUGUUGGAAGCAGGAGGGACUCGGGCAAGCGACUUGGCCAAGCAGGACCUGCGCCAGAUCGCGCGAAGAAGCGCUACAAGCCUGGCACCGUCGCUCUCCGUGAGAUCAAGCGCUACCAGAAGUCGACCGACUUGCUUCUCCUGAAACUCCCAUUCCAACGCCUCGUCCGCGAGAUUGCGCAAACAGUCACAACCGAGGAUGGUCCCAACAGAUGGCAAAGUCAAGCCAUUGUAGCCCUACAAGAAGCCACCGAAGCCUUCCUUGUCAACCUCUUCCACGACGCAAACCUUUGCGCUAUCCACGCCAAGCGUGUCACCAUACAACAGAAAGACAUACAGCUCGCUCGUCGUCUACGCGCAGCUUGGGGCGCGCCUGUCUAA